AUGAGGACAGCGGCGGCAGCGACAGCGGUGGUGUGCGCACUGGCCGCGGCGGCGGCGGAGGUCGUGAGGCGGAGGACGCGUCGGUGGCCGCGGGCGGAGGAGAUCGUGAGGCAGCUCGAGGAGGCGUGCGCAACGCCGACCGAGAGGUUGAAGCAGGUGGCUCAGGCGAUGGCGGCUGAGAUGCACGCCGGCCUCCUCGCGGCAGACGCCGGCGGGAGCAAGCUCAGGAUGCUACCCAGCUUCGUCGACAAGCUCCCGACGGGGGAUGAAGAAGGACUGUUUUAUGGAUUGGACCUCGGAGGAACAAACUUCCGCGUUCUUCGAGUACAGCUAGGUGGGAAGGAAAGAGGUAUCAUCGAACAAGAAAGCAAAGAGGUUCCCAUUCCCCCGCACUUGAUGUUUGGAAGCUCUGAUGAGUUAUUCGAUUUCAUCGCGAUAGAAUUAGCAGACUUUGCUGCCAAAGAUUGUCUCAUAGAAGGUGGCAGACAGAGAGAGAUUGGCUUCACAUUCUCUUUCCCAAUGAGGCAGUCUUCAGUUUCAACUGGAGUUCUUGUCAAGUGGACUAAGGGUUUCUCUAUCGAUGAGACUGUUGGAAAAGAUAUAUCUGUUGAGCUGACUGAAGCCAUGGAGAGGCAACAUCUUGACAUGCGCGUCGCAGCGCUGGUAAACGAUGCAGUCGGCACAUUGGCAGGUUCCAGAUUCUACGAUAAGGAUGUUGUUCUAGCUGUCAUUCUUGGAACUGGAACAAAUGCAGCCUAUGUAGAAAGUUCAAGUGCAAUCCCCAGGUGCCAUGGCCUUCAACCUCAAUCAGGGGAGAUGGUUAUAAACAUGGAAUGGGGCAACUUCCAGUCAUGUCACCUUCCCAUAACAGAGUAUGACCAAGCAUUGGACUGGGAGAGCAUCAACCCUGGUGAACAGAUCUUUGAGAAGUUGAUCUCGGGGAUGUAUCUGGGAGAACUUGUGAGACGAGUCCUGUUGAGAUUAGCAGAAGAAGCUGCUCUGUUCGGUGAUACUGUUCCCUCUAAACUCGAAGAACCUUUCAUACUAACGACUCCGGUGGUGUCUGCCAUGAAUCACGAUACGACAUCCAAUCUCGGCGUCGUCGGGAGCAAGUUGAAGGAGAUAUUUGGGGUGGAUGGCACCUCCAUGGACACAAGAAGAAUGGUUGUAAGGAUCUGCGACGCGAUCGCGGAGCGCGCGGCUCGACUUGCUGCCGCAGGGAUAGCAGGUGUUCUCUUGAAGCAGGGGAGGGUUGGCAGUGAUGAUGGGAAGAAGAAGGCUGUGGUAGCUGUGGAUGGGGGGCUCUUCGAGCACUACAGCAAGUUUCGGAGAUGCGUGAAGAGCACGUUACGGGAGCUGCUUGGAGAAGAUGACUCCGAGUCUGCUGUGAUCAAGCUGGCCAAUGAUGGUUCGAGCAUUGGAGCUGCUCUUGUUGCAGCCUCCCACUCUCAGUACAAUGCAAUGAGAUGCGUGGAGAGCACAUUGGAGGAGAUGCUGGGAGAAGAUGACUCCAAGCCUGCCGUGACCAAGCUGGCCACUGAUGGUUCGAGCAUUGGCGCUGCUCUUGUUGCAACCUCGCACUCUCAGUCCGAUGCAAUGAGAUGCGUGGAGACAGCCUCUCAUUCUCAGUUCAAUGCAAUGAGCUCUAGCAGUUAUGAAGAAGGUUAUUGA